GAUGAUCAUCAUGAUAAAUUGACAAAGUAUCUUGAAAAAUAUCCUGAAUAUUUUCAAUAUGAAGCAUUUGCAAUGGAUGGUUAUGAGACUAACAACAAACCUUUGGAACCGCCAUUGGUAACAAAUAUGCCGAUUUAUUAUACAACUGCUAUUCGAAGAUCAUUGCCAAUACUUGAUAUAGUAAUUGGCAGAUUGAUUGAAUUCGGACAGCAAGAAAUGCUUGCUAACCUACUUGAUGAAUAUGGACAACUUUACAGAUAUCAUCAGACACCUCUUGCUUUUGUAAGGGAUCUUUUACAUUACUAUUAUUCUGCUCCAGCAUUGAGAGAUCAAGCUAUUUCUACAAGAUUAAUAAAGUUACUUGACUUCGAUGAAUAUGAUAUUGACUCUCAGUUGUUGCAAUACGGAUCUAAUGACUUUUUGGCGGAACUUUUUGACAUUACUUACUUUGAAAAAGUUUUCCGCAAAUUAGCUGAAUUAAUGUCUCCAGAUUCAUGUGCUCCUAAGACUGAUGCCAAAUUUCCAGAACGUCACUAUCGGGAGAUUCCAAAUCCCGUAGUACAAGCCUUGCACAUAGCUUGUAUAGAAGUGCUUGCAACGCCAACACCACCUAAUGAUAUAGUGAAAGAAACGUUUGACAUUAUAACUUCUAUGAAUGAGCGUAAAAAUACAUCCGUCCAGCCUAUGGUCAUGCAUGCUAUAGGCCUAUUAUAUUCUUUCUUGCCUGAGGAAUUCGUAUACCAAAUGUUUGAUAAGAUGGUGUUAAUUAUCACCACAGAUUUUCAUUUAAAGGAAUUCUCACAACCCUUUAAUUUGAUUCAACGUGAGAAUUCUCAACCAUCAUUGUCAUAUUUACUAUAUCAAUCUGCAGAUCCGUUACAGCAAUGGCCAUUUUCACCUUCGACGCAAGCUUUUUCAGCAACUUUUCCCUAUAUUUUCAAUGAAUAUGAGUCUAAUCUUCAUAAUUUUGGCACAAAUGUUGCUAAUAGUUUCCUCACAUUUAUGCAUAGCUUAUUACAUUACUCUAAUAUUGAUGAUAUACAAAUACUUCUUCACAAAAUUCUAACUAUUGAUGAUGGUAUUAUUAAUUCAGAUAUACAGCUACUAUAUUUGUGUGCUUUAGUUGGUCCUGUAAUACAUAGAUUGAUGGAAAGUCGUUUACUGGUUUUAACAAAUGUAAAUUGA